AUGGGCUCUUCGAGGCUAGACCGGCUUGUUACGCUUCUUGAAUCUGGGAGUACAAAUUUGAUUCGAAACACAGCAGCGCAGCAGCUCGCAGAUGUGCAAAAGCAGCAUCCAGAUGAAUUGUUUAAUUUGCUGGGGCGCAUCUUGCCUUAUCUUCGAUCUAAAUCCUGGGAUACCAGGACAGCUUCCGCCAAAGCUAUCGGAUUGAUUGUCUCUAACGCAGAAAUUUAUGAUCCAAAUGAAGAUGAUGGCCUCCAAAUCAAGUCUGCUGCAGAUGAGGACGACGUGGAGAUCAAGUCCGAGAUCAAAUCAGAAGAGCAGAUCUUGGAUGAUGGGUCCCUCAAGCUUGAUACCCUAGACAUCGCCUCCAUAUUGAAAUAUGGCAAGCGGCUCCUUGGCAGCGCUGGAAAGGAGUAUGAAUACUCACUUGCUUCUAUGGAACCAACGGCACGCCUGCAGCACCAGAAGAAGACCUUGACGUCACGAAUUGGUCUGAAGGGCGAAUAUCUUGAAGAAGAUUUGCUCGAGGAUGUCGAGACAGCCCCCAAAGUGGUGACACCUGCCCCCAAGGAUGAACCAAAGAUUGCUCCAAUUUCUCGCCAGAACAGUUUAAUUGAAGCGCCUUCUCGGCGCCCCUCUUCACCUAACGAAAGCGCGUUCAAGGAGGAUGGAGGACUGAGCAAACGACAGCUUAACCAACUCAAGCGAAAGAAUAAGCAAAACGCCAAGAUGGGAGCUAACAAGGUUCGUGUGGUGGAUUUGUCUUCUCGUCGACAGUCGGAGGCUGUCACGACUCCUUUGCCCAUGACACCCCAUCCUGUCAAAGCAGAGAACGGAGAUGACCAGAAUGGCGAGACGAAAACUGAUUAUUUUUCUUUCGAACGCAACGAAGAAGACGACGACUCCAAGCUUGUCACUGAAUUCAAAGGAGUUGUCGCCCCAGAGCGAUCUCACAUUCAACCAGAGAUCGCGGAACAGGGCGGAGGAUGGCCUCUAGAACACAUGUGUGAAUUCCUGACCAUUGACAUUUUUGACUCCAACUGGGAAGUUCGACAUGGAGCCGCGAUGGCCUUGCGUGAAGUUAUCCGAGUUCAGGGCAUGGCAGCCGGCCGACAGGACGGCAAGAGUCGUUCUGAAAAUGAUAUCCUAAACCGCCAAUGGUUAGACGAUCUUUCCUGUAGACUGCUCUCCGUCUUGAUGCUUGACCGAUUCGGUGACUACAUCUCGGACAAUGUGGUUGCUCCUAUCCGUGAAACUGUGGGUCAGACUCUCGGUGCUCUCCUUUCACACCUUCACCCCAAAUCAGUCAGAUUAGUCUAUCGAUGCCUAUACCGGAUCAUUAUGCAGACCGACCUCGGGCUAGAUCGCCCCGUGUGGGAGGUGUGCCAUGGUGGCAUGAUUGGCCUGCGGUAUCUUGUCGCCGUCCGAAAGGACUUGCUUGUCAAAGACUCGAAUAUGAUGGAUGGCGUGUUGGAAGCUGUGAUGAAAGGCCUGGCUGACUUCGAUGAUGACGUUCGGGCCGUCAGUGCCGCGACGCUUGUCCCCAUCGCAGAGGAGUUUGUCACAUCACGGACUGGUGCUCUAGGUCCUCUGAUGAACAUCGUCUGGGACUGUCUAUCCAACCUCCAAGACGAUCUCAGCGCCAGUACAGGUUCAGUGAUGGACUUAUUGGCCAAGCUAUGCACGUUCUCCCAAGUCUUGGAUGCGAUGAAGGCAAACGCCGCCGGCGACGCAGAAGCAUCAUUUGGCAGACUGGUUCCUCGUCUCUACCCAUUCCUGCGACAUACCAUCACCAGUGUUCGCUCAGCUGUGCUUCGGGCUCUGAUGACGUUCCUCAAAUUGGAGGGCGAAGGAACCACGGACUGGGUGGAUGGCAAGGCUUUACGGUUGAUUUUCCAAAAUCUUCUCGUGGAGCGCAACGAGGGGGUCUUGAAAGUUUCUGGCCAGGUUUGGUCGGAGCUUCUCAAAGUAGCUGAACUGCGCGGUUCUUUCAAAUCCGCAGACGAGUUGCUUGAAUCCAUUCAACCGCUUGUCACUCUGACACUGGGCGCUUUCGGCGUCCCCCGAUACCCCAUUCCGAUGAACGCAUCCCUCUUUAUUAAGCCCUCCGGCCUACCAUUCUCCAUUGCCGCCCCAGCUUCCACGCCCGCCAAAUCCUCCCCACCUGCUCCCGGCGGCCCCGAGACAAAGCCAGGACGCCGGCGCAAGUCCGAGAAGAAGGAGAAAGAAACACCACCGCCUUCAGCUCACAAUGUGGAUGGACACAUGCUGUCCGGUGACAUUGAUCUCGUUGGUGCCGACACCAUGCUACGAUCCAAGAUCCAUGCCGCCAAGGCGUUGGGCGAGCUUAUCUCAUUCUGGGACAAGAACGAGCUACCAAGUCUCUGGCCCGCAAUCUUAGAAGGUCUCGAUGUCUCGGCUUCAACCACCCAACUUGCUUCGGCCAUGGUUAUGGAAGAGUACGCUCGCCAAUCUGGACCAGAGAGCAAAUACCGUUCGGAGCUGUGUGAGCGCCUGCGACCAAUUCUCGAGAGCGAGCGCCCGCCAUGGUAUUCCGAUAUCGCGUGCUACCUGCAUGUGGCGCGGUCUCAAUGCCAUUCGUUGUUGAAUACUUUCCGCGACCACGCUCAUGUUGCACCCUCUCGGCUGCCGACUUUGGCAGUCGUCGUUCAGGGUGACCCAGAGGCUGGACCUAAUGCAUUUUCUUUGGCGGAUGCCGAGAAGAUUGUUGGCCCUGACUUUGAUCGUCUGAAGAAGAACCUGACACCCGCUCAACGAAUCACUGCCACCCAAGUUCUCACAGAUACCCGGACCACAACAUUAUCUGCCGUUGAUGAAGCUCGAUUGAUGAGGGAGCAGCGCGACAUGCGUGUCUUGGCUGCUACAGCUGGUGCCCUGGUCGCACUGCGGGAUAUUCCCAAGAAGCCUGGUCACAUAAUCAAGGGUAUGAUGGAUAGCGUGAAGAAGGAGGAGAAUCUUGAACUCCAGCAGCGUUCCGCAACAGCAGUCGCAGGGUUGAUUGAACACUACACAGCGGCGACGAAGCGCGGCCCAGUGGACAAGAUAAUUGGCAACUUGGUCAAAUACUGCUGUGUCGACACCUCUGAGACACCCGAGUUCCCACACAACGCUCAUCUAGAAAAGUCUAUCUUGUCGCUACGCAAAGAGGAAGAUCGACGCGAUCACCCCGAUGCAGCCAAGUUCGAAAGAGAAGCGAAGGAGGCAAGGAUCAUGCGUCGUGGUGCCAAGGAUGCGCUGGAGCAAUUGGCAGUCAUGUUUGGCCCCGAGCUUCUGGAAAAGGUCCCAAAUCUUGCGAAAUUGGUUGAACGACCGCUGCGGGAUGCUCUGGCGAACGAUGAACUUCCCGAGGAUAUCACAAACCCCGAGAACGAGCUCGGCCAAGAAAUUGUGGACGGCUUGUCUACACUGCGGGCUCUGCUGCCCAAGUUUGACCAAGGUCUCUACCCAUGGGUUCUCGACCUCAUGCCGAUUAUCGCCAAGGGCCUACAGUGUCGACUUUCCGUUAUUCGCUACGCAGCGGCCAAAUGUUUUGCUACUAUCUGCAGUGUUAUCACAGUGAAGGGUAUGACAAUGCUCGUUGAGAAAGUAUUGCCAAUCAUCAACAAUGGACUGGAUGUUCACCACCGCCAAGGUGCGAUUGAAUGCAUCUACCAUUUGAUCCACGUUAUGGAAGAUGGCAUCCUCCCGUACGUUAUCUUCUUGGUUGUUCCUGUUCUGGGGCGAAUGAGCGAUUCCGACAACGAUGUGCGUCUUCUCGCAACAACCUCAUUCGCGACCCUCGUCAAGCUGGUACCACUCGAGGCUGGAAUCCCCGACCCCCCUGGCUUCUCAGAAGAGUUGCUGAAGGGCCGAGACAGGGAGAGGAAAUUCAUGUCCCAGAUGCUGGACCCAAAGAAGGUCGAGGAAUUCUCAAUCCCCGUCGCCAUCAAGGCGGAGCUUCGUCCCUACCAACAAGAUGGUGUCAAUUGGCUUGCUUUCCUUAAUCGUUACAACCUUCAUGGUAUUCUUUGUGAUGACAUGGGUCUCGGAAAGACCUUGCAGACCAUUUGCAUCGUGGCAAGUGACCACCACAUGCGAGCGGAGGAGUUCGCCAAGAGUCAUUCUACCGACUCACGAAAGCUUCCGUCGUUGAUCGUUUGCCCGCCAUCCCUCUCUGGUCAUUGGCAACAGGAAGUCAAGCAGUAUGCUCCAUUCCUCAGCUGUAUUGCCUAUGUCGGGCCUCCGUCAGAACGAUCGAGGCUCCAGCCUAUGCUGGCUACCACUGAUGUCAUUGUCACUUCUUAUGAUGUUUGCCGCAACGACAACGACGUUCUCAGCUCUAUCAACUGGAACUACUGUGUGCUUGAUGAGGGUCACCUUAUCAAGAACCCUAAAGCUAAGAUCACUUCUUCAGUGAAGAAGCUGAUGAGCAACCACCGUCUCAUCCUGUCUGGCACACCGAUUCAAAACAACGUUCUUGAGCUAUGGUCACUCUUUGAUUUCCUUAUGCCAGGCUUCCUUGGCACAGAGAAGGUCUUCCUGGACCGGUUCGCCAAGCCUAUUGCAGCCAGCCGAUUCAGCAAAUCGUCUUCCAAGGAGCAAGAAGCGGGUGCUUUGGCUAUCGAAGCACUGCACAAACAGGUUUUGCCAUUCUUACUCCGUCGUUUGAAGGAGGAAGUGCUGAACGAUCUGCCACCUAAGAUUAUUCAGAACUACUACUGCGACCCAAGUGAGUUGCAGAAGAAGCUGUUCGAAGAUUUCUCCAAGAAGGAGCAGAAAGAACUGGCCAACAAGGUGGGCAGUGCCGACCGCGGUGACAAAGAGCACAUUUUCCAGGCGCUUCAAUACAUGCGGCGUCUGUGUAAUUCUCCCGCACUGGUCGUCAAGGAAGGUCACAAACAGUACAACGAGGUCCAAACUUUCUUGAACUCGAAGCGAUCUAACAUCAGGGACCUGUCCCACGCACCCAAGUUGAAUGCCCUUAAAGACUUGCUGGUGGAUUGCGGCAUUGGCCUUGAUCACACAGCAGAGGGCGAACUAGACACCGGCGCAAGCUAUGUCAGUCCCCACCGCGCGCUCGUGUUCUGUCAGAUGAAGGAGAUGCUGGACAUUGUCCAGAACGAUGUCCUCAAGAAAUUACUCCCAUCCGUCCAGUACCUCCGGCUAGACGGUGGCGUGGAAGCAACAAAACGCCAGGACAUUGUCAACCGCUUCAACACCGAUCCUAGCUACGACGUCUUGCUCCUUACCACUAGUGUCGGCGGACUAGGUCUCAACCUCACGGGAGCCGACACUGUCAUAUUCGUGGAACAUGACUGGAAUCCCCAGAAGGAUAUCCAGGCCAUGGACCGAGCCCAUCGUAUCGGCCAAAAGAAGGUCGUUAAUGUCUACCGCCUGAUCACGCGAGGUACCCUAGAAGAGAAGAUUUUGAACUUGCAACGGUUCAAGAUCGACGUCGCCUCGACGGUGGUCAAUCAGCAAAACGCCGGCCUCGGAACAAUGGACACAGACCAACUGCUCGAUCUCUUCAAUCUCGGCGAAACAGCCGACACAGCGGAGCGACCGGGCGACGCAGCCGGCAACGAAGUCGACAUGGUCGACAUCGACGGCGAGGUCAAAGAAAAGGGCAAGAAGGGCUGGCUGGACGACCUUGGCGAACUCUGGGACGACCGCCAAUACCAGGAAGAAUACAACCUGGACUCGUUCCUGGAAACCAUGAAGAACUGA